ACAAUUGUUGUAGUGUAAUAUAUAAUAAAUGCAAAUGUGAAUAUACUUCUACAGAUCUACAGGAGAGAUUGAAAGAAAAGGAAAAAGGAUAUUAUAUGAAAUAAUAGAUAUAAAGGAAUGUGGAGAAAGAAAAUAAAAAAUAAAACCAAAACAAUUUAAUAAAUAAGUAAAUAAAAUUAGAGACUUACAGGUAUGUUCAGCUAGGAUUUUCACUUAGAAUUGGAAAAUCAGGGUAAGAGAGCAGGAAUUGGGGAAUUUGCUUUAGUUUAGAAUCUUGUUACUUAGAUUACACUGUUUAUAUUUUAAUUUACUUACUGUUUAUAAUUUUAAUAAGUUUAUGCACAUUGUUUAUAAUUUUUGUCUAAAUAUUAUGCAACUUCCACAAUUCUCUAUCUGUUUUUAUCUUGUCCGUUUUAGCCCUGAAGAAGACCUGCAAAGUCGGGUCGAAACGUUGGCUUUUAAUAAAAUAGUUUUGUCAAUAUUUAGUCUAUUUAUGACCGCAACCCCGGACCAUCUCCUUUCUUUAAUUUUUAAUUUUAAUGGUUUUUGUCAACUCUUCUUCUUAUAAUUUUUAAUAUUUAAACUGUACUCCUUAACUUUUCUUCUUUUAAUAUUAUUUUUUAGUUUUUAAAAUGUAUUUUUAGCUUUUGUUCUUAAUCUUAAAAUCAUUAACCUAUAUUUUAAUCGCCUUUAUUAACUUAUUUUCUUUUAAUCUUUAACUUCCAAUUUUUAUAACUUUAUUUCAACUGUACCAUCGUAUUCAACUCUAAUUAUUUUAAACUUUUUAAACAUUAAAUUGUAUUUGUUAACUGUAGGUUUGUUAUGUAAACCUACGAAGUAGUUGUUCUAAUCGUAAAAUAGGGUGAAAAUGACCCAGGUGGUUGAAGAUCACCCAAACAUUUUUAAAUAAAAAUAAAUAAAAUAUUUAUUCAGUUUACUUUUAAAAGUUCAUCGGGUUAUUGAUUGAAUAACAGGAGAUGUGGCCCGGCAACGAGAAGUCAGUGGCAUCUUCUUAGGGUCGGCAAUAAUUCAAUCUUGACCCACGUGACCGCGGUGACCAGAAGGCGGGCAAACAGCUGUUUCCGGCCCCCGGAGUAAUGGAGAUUCCCUGUUUCCUGCACCGCCUCCCAAAUAUCUCAUGGCGGGAACAUGAGAAGGAGCUUAGAGCAGCUUCCGUUACCGAGAUCUGUCACCAAUAUGCCGCCGACCUAAAAUAUACCCGUCUAGAUUUUUCAAGACAGACAGCGAGGUGUGGACUGGUAGUCUCUUCGAAUGGACAGGAGUACCUUAUCGUGUUAAGGCCCUUUCCUCGAACAAAGCUUUCUCCCAAAAUAUCUUCAAUUUAAUUGUUUAUUUGUUAAUAUUUUCGCAAAUAAAUGAAACAGAAAAAAAUGAACGUACUUUUUUGCUACUUUUCAAUUGCAUAUUCAGCACAAAACGCGUUCCUGAAAGACUAACUACUAGCUUCCGUGAGCAUUAGAGGGAUCGAUGGAACAAAUUCUAACCAGAAUUUUAUUACACGAAUUAAAACUUUUUAAAUAUUAACUAAAAUAAAUUAUAUUUCCAUUGCGUUGCUAGUUGUUUGUUAUUAUAAUUUAUUUUCGUCAGGUGAACAUAAAAUAAACGAAUCGAUUUUCGAUAUGAUUUUGCAUACAUCGAUAGCAAUUUGUCAACUUGUCCAAGUAGUUGCUGUUGAAACAACAGUACCGCUAACAGUACAAUAACCUAUGGAAGGUUAUUCGAUAUAUUUGAGCUCGAGUUUGUAAACAUGUUUUCGUUACUAGUGUCAUUAAGAUCCCUUCGGAUGUUAACUAUAGUACAAUUUAGGUUUAAUUUAAAAUGAUGUAUGGGUAGCUUCAAAAGAGAACGUCACAAAAACCUAUUCCCUCAUGAAGCAACUUUUGUUUCAUGUGAGGAAUUGCUAUUUAUGAUGGAAUUGUAUGAGCCUGACCCUCUCACGGAUAAACUCUUGGCAUAUUUUCGAAGACGUAGAUACAUUGAUGGUGAUGUAAUUUUGAAACCUGAUUUGAACAUCACACCUGAAGAGAACAUACUCAUUUCUAACAUUGAAAAAGAUACAUCUAGGCCCAAUGUUGCUACAUAUAGUACUGCUGUGACAGAUAUUGGACUUGCUGAACAACAGUUUACUUUGCUUAAAAAUUGGAUUGCCGAAUUAUCUGAAGAACAGUGUCAAAAUGAAUUAUCACCAGUAUUAAUGCCUCUCCUGUUUCAUUUGUAUUUGGACAGCUUGAGGUCGACCCCUAGACCCAGCUCUCUGAAAUUUCUCAAAAGGCUAUCUUCUUCCCUUAUAUCUGAAGAGUGGUCUCAGCUUUAUGAGCAAUUAGUUUCUCUUCAUUCUUCUUUAGAUAUUUCAAAUCAACCUCUUGUGAAAUUGUUCAGGGAGUCCAAGUACGAAGUUAGUGUAUCAUCUCGCUCAAUAGCUUUGUUAAGAAAAUUUUUGUCCUCGAAAACUCUGCAUAUACUAAUCCCUAGUUUCCAAACUUGGUUUGAGUUUGCAGUUUCAACUGAAGAUAUAUUAAGUAGUGAAGAAGAGAUGCCAACCUCAGGAUUGUCUGGUAACUGUGAUGAAGAGGAAAUAGAUGAACAUGAUGACGAAGAAUAUACGACUGUUACUGAUAAGGAUAUGGUAGAUUUAAUGAACGAAAUAAAUAAUAAAAGGUUGCAGCCCACUCCUCCCCCGCCUCUUCUUCUAUAUACAGCUCAUAAAACAGAAGGGAUUGUAUGUGGAAGAGUUUCUGGUGAGUGUAAACUUGCAGCAACGGGAGAUCAGAAGUCUGAAGUAAGAGUUUGGGGUCUUGGAGAUACUAAACUGACUCCCCAACUCCAUCCUAGUUAUUUUAGUAGUGUUCCUCUUGCUGCUUUUACUGAACCUAUCAAUGACUCGAAAUUACAAAACGAAAAACAGAUGUGGUCAUUGAGAGGUCAUAGUGAUACCGUGUAUGAUGUUGCAUUCCUCUCGGACUCGGAAUAUCUCAUUUCGGUAUCUUUUGAUAGUACAAUGCGGUUAUGGAAAUUGUCUGACUAUUCGUGUGCUGCAGUAUACAGGGGACAUUCCUCACCAGUGUGGGGCGUAGCAGUCAGUCCAAUAGCAAAUUAUGUCGCUACAGCAUCACAUGACAAAACUGCUAGGCUUUGGUCGUUGGAUCGCACAUUUCCAUUGAGGGUAAUGGCAGGUCACCAUCAAGAUGUCACGUGUGUGGCAUUUCACCCGAACGGUAGCUAUUUAGCAACGGGAUCGCCUGACAGAACCCUGCGGUUGUGGUCUGUUACAGAUGGCAGCUUAGUGCGUGUUCUAGGUUGCCAACCUGGCCAAGGAGGUGUGGGGACUUUAGCUUUCAGUCCUAACGGCCAAUAUGUAGCGUCCGCAGGUGAUGACCGUUAUGUUUGGCUUUGGGACCUUGCUCGUGGUAGUUUAAUACAGCAACUUUCGGGUCAUACCAGCAGGGUCAUCUCUGUCGACUGGAGCCAUGAUGGAUCUACGCAGGAUACCGCUGCAACUCACAAGGCCAGCUCAACUCAGCAAUGGCUGCAAAAGAACAUUCCAGAGUUCAUUUCUGCCUCGGAUUGGCGCUCAGAAAGCCCUAAUCUCAACCCACUAGAUUAUCGGCUUUGGUCCCAACUGGAGAGGAUGGCAUGCCACAGAGCACAUCCUAACUUGAAAAGCCUCAAUCUCUGGUCCGAGCAGUUUGAUGGUGAAAUAGAACCUAAGAAGUAUGUUACUCAAUGUUCUACCCUUCUCUCUCUUCAGUAUUCGACUAAAAAUGCUCUUGUGGCUGUUGGUCUCUCGUGAUUUAGCUCAAUGUACAGUGAUAUUUAUUUUACUAUUUAUUAAAUGAAUUUGUUAGCGAUUGACUUAAAUGAAUGUUAAUGUGUUAUAUAGUGAUUGAGAGAUUUUUUCUCACUUUUGAGAUUUUGUAAUAUAUGUUUUGUAAAUAUCUUUUAUUUAAAAAUGUCUAUAUUUAUAUGUAUGUAUAUAUAUGUAUACAUAUAUGUAUAUGUGUAUUCAAUUGUAUAUUGUCAGUUUACGGAUGAAACUGAAUAUCAGUCCUUUUUUUAUAAACGUUUGGACCUCAAGAUUAUUUUAGAAUUAUGAAACUAUGUAGUUAAAUUUACCAGAAAUGGUUGGCAUGUUAAAGCAUCUGUUAUAUUAUUAUCAUAAAUUAUUGGAAGCGCAACAAUUUGAAAAAGGAAAACAAAAAUUAAUUAAUAUAAUGAAUAAAAUUUUAUUCAGACCAAGAAAUAAAUAUAAAGUAGUAACUUUGAUGCUUGAUAUGUUUCUUAUUCUCUUGAAACCAUAUCAUCUUGAAUUAUUUUAAGAAAGACAUUCAUUUUGUUGUCCAUUUUAGGAAUGAAUCUCACUAAAGAAAUAAUAUGUAUUUUAUUCAAAAUUUUUUACAGGCUGCCCAAAAGUUCAUUUUAAAAUUGAAUAACUUUUUUAGUUUUUAACUGACAUAAGACAGUCUUUAUAAAAGGAAUUUGAAUAGGGAUUCUUAAAUUAUUUUUUUAAUUUGUUGAACAGAGUUAUCUUUAUCUUGAUAUCUUCAUAAUAUUAGUUUCAUUCUGUGGUACCUUUGUUGGUUGUUAAUAACAGCAUUUCAGAAGUAAAAUAUUAAAUCAAAAUGUUAAUUUCUCAGGAGAGCCACAUGAAUAUGUCCCUGACUUAAGUCGUAAAUGUAUCCAGAGGAUUUUGUUUUUAAAUUUGUUUUCUAUCGUUAUUUUAACCCUUUUGCUAUAACAUCAAUUGUGACUUACAGUUACAUAAAUUGAUAAAAAUUGUGACUUAACAUAUGUUACCUCCAAGUUACUUCAAUAUUUUUCUUUAUUUAAAUUAGAAAGUAAUUAGUUUAUUUUUUCUAGAUUGGUAUUUUUAGUUGAAACAUGUUAUACUUAGAAAUCUAAAGGGAAAUCAAUACUGGCCAUUCUUCUCUAGCGAUUUCUUAUGUUGUAAUGCACAUUUUCAGUCCUAAUUUGGUAAAAGUUCCUUAGAAUUUUUGUUAAAUUCUCCCCAAAAUCCGUAUUCUAUCCUAAAAUAAUCUUAAUAUGAAUAUUCAAAUAUACAUACUAAUCACUAAUAUGUAAAAUCAAAAUAGGAUUAAUGCACCAUCGAAUAUUUGGACAACUGUUUGAUAAUAACAGGUGAUGGAAGUAUGAUAUUGUGCUAAAAUCUGGUUUCUGACAAUGAGGUCUUUAUCGGUGUUAAGUAAAUGGAACUGUUUAUAUAAUUCUGUAUUUAUACUAUUUUGUAUAUUAUUUGAAAAGAAUUUUCUUUUUCCUCUUUUUUUAUUUAGAGGUUUCUAGUGUGAAUUAAAAAUUUAAAUCCAAUUAUAGGAUUUAAAGGCUUUCAUAAAUGAUAAAAUUCUGAUUACAUCCUUGCCGUUUAAUGUAACUAAUUUCAUUGUUGGUUCCAAUAUUUGAUACAGAUGGGGGUAUAUGGAUCUUACUACAAAUAAUCAUGAGACAAUUCAUAAAGACAAAUUCAAAGGCAGCUAAGCUCUAUUUCCUACAUUUUGUUUAUUGACUGCUCCAUUGUUAUCCAUACCAGUUUUGUCAUGCUAUUUAUGUUCUACUUAGUUAAUAAAAAAAAAGUUUAUUUUAUUUUAAAAGUUAUUCAAUUUUUUAAUGGCCUUGUAACUUUGUUGGCUGUCCUGUUUAUUUUAAGUAAUAUUUCAUAAAUUUAAAUAGUAGCAGAUUGACUAUUUAAUAGGUAUAAUGUUAUGUUACCAGGAAGAAUUUUUUUUCAUGCUAUGAAGAUAUAUGACACCUUAGUUUACCCUUUUUGCAUGUUAUCAUCAUACCAUGAUUGACGAGGGGGAACAUUGUCAUUGUUGUGUUGUUCUCCCGUUGGCCAUAUCAGCCUCAACCUUUGUACUAUUGAUCUCUAUCAUCGCUAAGUUUAUUCUAUUUUUUAAAAACUUUUUUAAUUUUUCAAUAAAUGUUCAAUUAUUUGGUUACUUACAGUUAU